AGGUUGGAUCCCGAGUGAACCCUAGGUGGAUGCUGGCGGCGGAGGCCGAUGGGGAGCGGAUGCGAGCGGCGAAGGCAGAGGGGGAGUCGGUCCUGGCGCCGGAAGUCGAUGCUGGCGGCGGAGGCAGAGGUGGCGGAGCCGAUGCUGUCGGAGGGGGAGUCGCCGUCGGAUGGGGAGGAGCCGGAGUCGGAUGGGGAGGAGCCGGAGUGGCGGAGGUGCCGUCUGUGCGAUUGCCUGUGCCGCUGGACAUAUUUUCGCUCCUGCGCUUACCGCCGCGUCGCCCCCGGAAUUGACUACGUCCGCCUCCCCGCCGACGCCGCCGCCGUCGCCGACCACCACCUCCCCGGCUGGUCGCUGCUAGUGGGCAUUGCCGACGGCGCCUCCUCCUCCCUACGGGUGAGUCGCCUCCGCGUGGCGCGGUCCGGCCGCAUCCUCGGCCGGAGCGACGACGCGCUCGACGUCUUCCACGACAUCGCCCUCGCCAAGCCGCCGGAGUACACCUUCAAAGCUGGCGCCGCCCCGCUGGCUUCCGACGGCCGCGCGCUCUGCGUCCUGCAUCACGCUCUUCAUCAGCAACCCCAGGCCCUGCAGCUAACUCUGCACCCGCACCCGCAGGAGACGCCGCUGCCGGAGAUCGAAGGGAUCACCGCCGACCAUUGCGUGCCCAUCUCCGCCGGCGGCCACGUCUGGGCUCUGUCCGCCACCCCGCAGGUUCACGGCAUUAGCACGUCGCUCAGCUUGGUCAUGCGCCGCCUUGUCCCUGAGUCCGGCGGCGGGAGACGGUGGGAGCUUGUCGGGAGCCCCUUCACCAGCCCACGCUUACACUACCCAUUGCCCCCGUGGACCGGCAGGUUGCUCCAGGGCUACGCCGUGAUCCCCGACGCCAACCUCAUCCUCGUCUCCUUCCUACAAUACGGCCUCUUCCUCACCUUCGCCACAGACUCCGGCAGCUGGUCUCGGGUGCUCACCGACACCGACGAAACAAGGUCGCAACGCUACCUCCCGAUCUUUGGCCGCGCCAUAUAUGUCGAACACCACAAAGCCGUCUACUUUCUCCACGACAACAUCAUCUAUGCCUACAAGCUCACAUACCAAAAGGAUGAUCAGGGAGGCACGCCGCAGCAGCUCAAGAUGGAUCUGCCCGUCCAGAUCGAGUUUCUCUGCCCUUUCCAACCCGACCAAGGCUACGGCUUACUCACUGUAGGAGUAUAUGUGACAUAUGUAUAUGUAUACAUCAUACCACCUAUGUAUUGUACUGCUUAACAAUUUGUAUGUACCAGAAGGACUGAGAUGUAAAAGGGGAGAAGUAGAAGAAAUAAAAGAAAGAAAAGCAGAGGAGAAGAUAAGCCUCUCCGCCUCAUGUGCGCUGUCUGGAUCAGUGUGGCGUGGCUCGAUCCGUGCCCGUGCGAGCACCUGCACGCCAUCGUCACCACCUUCUACCUCCAUGACACCCAGGACCUGGCUCAGGGAGGAAUCAAGGCGCUGCAUUCCACUUUCCGUCGGCUAGACAUGGUGCCCAAUCCGGCAGCACACCAGCAUUUCUGCUUCCUACAGGAGUAUGAAGACCAGGGCUCUCUGGUGCUGCAGCAUCGUGGAGAAGAGGAAGAGGGUCUAACCAGUCCCCAGCACGUCGAGCAUCCAUCCAAGAUGCUUAGUUGUUGCAGAUACAUGAUGAAAAUGCGCUCUACUCCUCCCUCGGGACCGAGUCGCAGCCUGCCGGUUGAUCCUGCUUCAAGACAACAAGUCUGUUCUUGAAGUCAUGCUGUGCCUGUGAAGCCGGCUAAAACAACUAUCAAGAAAGAUCUGAUUAUCAUUUUCCAGAGUGGCUAAAAAAUACACGCAGUCUCGUCCAUAAGAGCAGGCAUGCUUGAGUUUAGUCUGAACAAGGAGAGGCAGACUUUCGAGCGACCUGUAAGGCGUCCUAGUGCUGGUCCUUUCGUUAUGGUUAUCAGAGUUGGCCAAGAGACCAUUGCUCUUACUGAGACUCUGCAAGUUUACCAUCAGACACAGUUCAAUUAUGGAUCCACCACCUCAUUGUUGCGUUACAUGCCAGAUGAGUCGGAUGUCGUCGGCUGGAGGGUAGUUAUCUCUGUAUAUGUGGCAGUGAACGAUGAAUCCUUCAUGGUUUGUGAUGCUGUCACAUGCUCGUGCCUUCUGUUUAACCUGGCUGCCAAACGAUGGCUUGUUGUCGUGCCUUUGGCUGCUUUCAACGAAAACCCGCAACCGCCUGUCUGUAUAAAGGACCUCCUAAUAAAUGGUAGAUGUGUAUUUGUCGAUGGCUUUA